CUCGGGUAGGCUCGAGGUAAUCUAGGGUAAUUCAGUGUCCUAGUUGAACAACUUUACGGUUAUCUUUUUUCCUGCCCCGGGGACUGUGGGGUUAGUGUUAGACUGUGGGGUUAGUGUUAGACUGUGUGCUGCUAUUUCGGAUUGAUUGACAUCUCUCUUCCCUUUGAGUAGCCAACGUGUAUAUGUCUUUCUUUUUACUUUGUGGUUUGGAUACUUUUGUCUGUGUUCAGCACAGUCACACCAAUGCGCAUCAUCAUGGCGAAAGGGGAGUUUUGGGCCGCGGAUGUCUGUGAUCGUUCCUUCAGACUGAAACUCCUGUCCUACCUGGGAUAGGUAGCCUAACGUAACCUGGUUCCCGGUUUGAGGAACUUCAGACUUUCAUCGGACUCUAGAUUUUUCACACGGACAUUCUAUAGAAUGGAGUGCGAGCUGAGACCGCGGCUUUGUUUCCUAACGAAAGGGCCGCGCGGGUACGGCUUUCACCUUCACGGCGAGCGGAAUAAAGGCGGACAGUUCAUACGGAAAGUGGAACCCGGUUCGUCCGCGGAGCUUUCGGGGCUGCGCGCGGGGGACCGGGUCGUGGAAGUGAACGGGGAAAACGUGGAAGACGAGACGCACUAUCAAGUAGUGUAUCGUAUCAGAGCAGUGGAGCAUCGCACCAGGUUGCUGGUCAUCGACAAAGAGACAGAUGAUUACCUGCGUAGUCACGGGCUGGCCUGCACAGAGGACCUCGCCGUUGAGAUGGGCAAUCUCUCUCCCCGGCCCUCCCACUUCACCUCCCCCUCAGCCUCCCCUGUAGCCCAGGGGGAAGUCCUCUCACCCUCACCCAUACACAUCCUCACUAAAGCACUCAAACACACCUCCGCCUCACCCAGAAGAACGGAUACACGAUCGCCGACGUCAAGUCUGAUGAUUGGCACCAAGAAAAGG